UCUCUUCCAAUUCCUUUCCAAAUUAGCUUCUGAAAGUGAUCCAAAAAUGUCAGUUUCUUAUCUGUUAAUUUGUCUACUUCUUGCAUUCUCCUCUGCAUUGGGGUUGCAGAGGCUGACUCCGGGAAGCUCCAUGGCCGUGGAGGACAUGAACCAGCUCCUAGUUUCCCCUAAUGGAACUUUUUCUUCUGGGUUCUAUCGGGUCGGAAACAACUCGUAUUGUUUCUCAAUUUGGUUCACAAAUAGCUUCGAUAAAACUGUGGUAUGGAUGGCCAACAGAGACAAACCAGUUAACGGACAGCAAUCCAAAUUGACCCUCAACGUCGAUUCCAAUUUGGUCUUGACCGACGCCGAUGGCUCCGCCGUGUGGUCCACCGACACCGUCGCCGACGGCUAUUUCGAACUCCAACUUCUGGAAUCAGGAAAUCUGGUAGUGACGAAUGGAACAGAGAAUUUCAUUUGGCAGAGCUUCGAUUUCCCCACCGAUACUCUGCUUCCAGGGCAGCGAUUUCUCAAGACAUCCACAUUAGUUUCAAUGAGAAGCCGAGGUACAUAUUUAUCAGGCUUUUACGACUUCAAAUUCAACGAUUACAAUGUACUGAAUCUCUUAUACAACGGCCCUUCACUCUCCGGCAUCUACUGGCCCGAUACCAUGGUGACUGUUUUCGUGAAUGGCCGAUCUCCGUACAACAGCUCCAGAAUUGCAAUUUUAAACGAUAUGGGUGGGUUUGAAUCGAGUGACAAAUUCAAAUUCAACGCUACGGAUUAUGGAAUCGGCCCGAGGAGGAGAUUGACGAUUGAUUACGAUGGGGUUUUGAGAUUGUACAGCCUCGAUGAAUCAACCGGCAACUGGACCAUCUCGUGGCUCCCUUCGGGUGCGCGUAUAGAUGCUUGUAUGGUCCAUGGGUUAUGUGGGGAGUUUGGGAUUUGCGAAUAUGACCCAUUACCGGCUUGUACUUGUCCACCCGGUUUCAUCAGAAACGACCCUUCCGAUUGGACCAAAGGCUGCCGUCCGCCUUUCAAUUUGACGUGCGAUUCCAAGGAAGUGGAUUUCAUCGCCCUGCCCAAUACGGAUUUCUUCGGCCAUGAUUGGGAUUUCAAGCAAGACUUCUCUCUUGAAAUGUGCAGGAAUUUAUGCCUUAGCAGCUGCGAGUGCACUGGAUUUGGAUAUGCACUCGAUGGGACGGGGCAGUGUUAUCCCAAAAUGGCUCUCCGUAAUGGGUAUCGAAAGCCCGAUACCGCUGUGCUCAUGUUUAUUAAGGCCACGAAGGGAGAGGAGUCAAUGGGGGAACAAAGACAUUCAAAUGAUUUGAAGUUGUUGGACUGCUCGGCUUCACAAAUUGUAAUGGGCAGUGAUCAUGUGUUUGCGAAAGAGAGUAAUAAGUUUCGGUAUAUGGGGUUGUUAGUUGGUGUUGUGGUUGCCGUUGGGAUUAGUGAACUGGUUUUUGUUGGUUUUGGGUGGUGGAAUGUGUUUCGCAAGAGGGUCAAUGAAGAAUUGGUUAACAUGGGCUACAUUGUUUUGGCGAUGGGGUUCAAAAGAUUCUCCUACGCCGAAUUGAAGAGAGCCACCAAGAACUUCAAGCAAGAGAUAGGGAAUGGAGGGUUUGGAACUGUGUUCAAAGGAGAAUUGGAUGAUGGCAGAGUUGUGGCUGUGAAGAGAUUGGAUGGCGUUUUACAAGGGGAUGCAGAAUUCUGGGCAGAAGUCAGCAUUAUUGGGAAGAUUAACCAUAAAAACUUGGUGAAGUUGUGGGGUUUCUGUGCUGAGAAACGUCAUAAGAUGUUAGUUUAUGAGUAUGUGGAAAAUGGGUCUUUGGACAAGCUUCUGUUCUCUGAUUCAUUUGAAGUAUUAGGACUGGAGCAAAGAUAUGAGAUUGCAGUUGGAACAGCAAAGGGUCUGUCUUAUUUACAUGAAGAAUGUCUCGAAUGGGUUCUUCAUUGUGACGUGAAGCCUCAAAACAUACUUCUUGAUGAGGCUUUAGAGCCAAAAGUUGCUGACUUUGGAAUGUCGAAGCUUUUUCGAGAGAUAAAUGAAAGUGGGUUCUCGAAGGUGAGAGGGACGAGAGGCUAUUUAGCUCCGGAAUGGAUGAUGAACCUAAAAAUUGAUGCGAAGGCAGAUGUUUACAGUUAUGGAAUCGUCGUCUUGGAGCUCAUAAGUGGAAAGAAUGCAUCUAGUUUUCAGUCGUCCACCAUUACUAAAAAUGGCGAAGGUACAGAUAUGGUGAGGUGGAUAAUGAAGAGUACAGGGAAAAACGAUGUAAAGAAAGUGAUGGAUCCAAGAUUGAAAGUGGAGGAUGCCCAAAACAUAAAGAAGAUAGAAAUAUUGUUGAAAGUGGCUCUAUUAUGUGUGAGGGAAGACCGUAACACAAGACCUGCAAUGAGUAGAGUUGUGGAACUCCUUACGGGCUAUGAGGAAUGAGGCCCAUAUGAAGAUGUUUAUGGUUGAAAAAUGUUAUAUAGAAAGCAUUUUGAUAGUUGUAAGAAGCUUUUGUUACCUAAAGAAACAUUAACGAACGACUUCUAAGUCGUAUAUUUUCUACC